AUGUCACUCACUGGCUAUGGCCCACUAAUGUGUGGUGAAGAAAUAUGUCAAGAUCAAUUAGGUAUAACUAUACCAUUUUGGGCAGGGCUAAUAUUUUCUAAAGCUCUUAUUGAAGAUUAUGGAUUCGAAACUAAUGAACGUAUAAGUGUUGUCGUUAACAAAUUUUCUUCUUUCGUUGAACUUUCAACAAGAUUUUGUGUAAUUCUUACAUAUUUUGUUGCCACUCAUGGAGUAGUAUCAGGAAUAACAGCGUUGUUAACGCCAUUAAUAUUAAUUAUGGUGGAAAAAUUUUUGUUUAUCAUCCGAUUCACCCCUUAUACCUCAGUUCUCGCAAAUAAAUGUCCUUUUGUUAAUGGUCUCUCUAUUCUCAAAUAUUCCUUCCAACGUUGA